AUGAGACUCGUAUAUUGGUGCUGGUGUUUGGCUCUGGCUAGCGUCACCUUGGGGUCUUUGGCAGAGGAGUUAGAAGCGAAAGUGAACGUUGUGGAUCUUCGACUCAAGGCAGAGCACUUGUUCCACAUUGCAUCGCUCUCAAAUAAUACUAGAGCAAUUGGAAGCAUAGGCCAUGAAGGGACGUUACAUUAUAUCACCAGGCUCCUUCGAGAACAUCAAGGGUUUUACGAUAUUUCCUCUCAGACGUUUAACGUGACCUUUAAUUCUAUUAGGGACUAUCAGGUAUCAGUGGAUGGACAAGCAGUGAAUGCUUCUGCGUUCUAUUAUAGUCCUGCUACCGGCAAUGUAACUGCCAGGGCAGUGGCAGUCGAACUUGGAUGCGAGGAAAAUGAUUAUAUUGACAUAGACAUUAAGGGCUGCUUAGCGGUGGCUCAAAGAGGGGGAUGCACUUUUGAAAGAAAGGCCCAGUUGGCGAAAAGCUUUGAUGCUGCCGGUUUGGUAAUAUACAAUUCGGUCCCCGGGGAAGGGUUAAAAGGAACCCUUACCAGAGGUAAUGACGAAGUUGGGGGUUUGGUUCCUACAUUUGGCAUGUCGCUUGAAGAUGGUUUAAAAUUAGUCAACUCCGUAUCAGAAGUAUCGUUUUUUAUGGAUUCUGCAUUUGAAAAAAUUGAAACAAGAAAUAUCAUUGCCGAAACUAAAACAGGAGAUCAUGACAAUAUAGUUUUACUAGGUUCCCAUCUGGACUCAGUAGAAGCGGGUCCUGGAAUCAAUGAUAACGGGUCUGGGUCAAUCACGCUAUUACACUUGGCUCAAACAUUAGCAGAAAAUAAUAUCCAAACAGAAAACUCAAUUCGUCUUAUCUGGUUUUCUGCAGAAGAAGUUGGGCUAAUUGGAUCUUCGUUCUAUGCUGAUAGUCUAACUGAAAAGGAGAAUUUGAAAAUCAGACUAAUGCUAGACUACGAUAUGCUUGCUCUGCCCAACUAUGCUUUUGAAAUCUACGAAGGUGACGAUUUGGUUGAUCCAGUUGGUUCUCAACAAAUUAAAAAUAAAUAUUCAGAAUGGUACGCUCUGCAUGGGUUGAAUUAUACUUUUAUUCCCAUGGAUGGUAGACUGGACUACGUUGGCUUUGCUCAACAGUCGAUCCCAGUCGGUGGUAUAGCAACCGGGGCAGAAAAAUUAAAACUGUUAGAAGAAAUGGAGAUGUUUGGCGGAGUUGCUAAUGAAAGUUUUGAUCAAUGCUAUCAUCAGACCUGUGACAAUCUACAAAACUUGAAUUACAAUGCUUGGGAAACUAACUCAAAAUUGAUUUUUAAUACCUUAGGUUCCUACGCAGAGUCCUUGAAUGGGUUCCCAGCCCGUCAUUUAGUUGCAACUAAAAGCCUGGCUGAUCUCAGGUACAUGUAUCGGGGUGACGAAUUAUUCAUUUAA